AUGUCGUCAUCUCCAGUUCACUACAGCCAUCGUCGUACCAUCGCAACGGAUCAGUAUCGUCCGUCCAGUAGUGUACCAGCUGUCCGAUCUUACCGGUCCUCUUCAAAAGCACCAGAGACUUCGGACGGAGUGGUUCUCGAGCUGAAUCCGAAUACCCUAAUCGGCUACUUGGGAUUACCGGAAGCAUCUGCAGCUCUACCACCAUCACUUGGGAUCACCAGUAUGGAAACUUCUUUAGUGACAAUAAGAGAGUCGAUAUUGAAUCUGAAAUUUGCGAUCGAGAAUAAACGGAAUAGUAUUGCUGAGAAAAAGAAAAUGUUAGAAAAAAUUGACCAUAAAUUUAUGCGUUCAAGAAAGAAUACAAAUCAUUUGCAGUUGAUAAAACGACAACGUGAAAUGACGUUGGAGUUGAUGAAAGAUGUGUAUCGGUUAUCACAACGACUGUGCAAAUGCAGCGAAUGUGUUUGCAAUAUCAGUAACCUACAACGGCAACAACAACAGAGUGAUUUGUUCAGUGAUAAUGAUGACUAUCGAAGACGACGUAUUCCGGAACAGAUCGUCGAUGCGUCACGUAGUUCUAAGGAUGGCAAAAUUCUUGUGACACCAGCCGUCGAAGACUCCUCCAAGCCAACUAUCCACUAUUCAAUAAAUGACCACUGUCUGAAUGAUUGUUGUAAAUCUGGCUUGAAACGUUUGCUGUUACGAUAUUUCAAUACGGGCGCUUCCAAGUCCUAUCUGAAGGAACCAAGCGUCAAUUCGACGAAUUCGAUCGCAUUCCAUUCGGCGAUGACGGCACUCACUUAUACGAUACAACUAAUAAAUGUUUUGCAAUUCAUUUUCGAUGCGUUAUUGCCAGCUCGGCUCAUCCUAAUUGGACAUAUUGUUUUACAAUUUAACGGUAAGGAUAUUGCAUAG